CAUUUCACGUAAGAUUUCAAUCAACGCUAACUUCAUGCAGCACGCAGUCGUGUUUAAACAACUAUAUAAGAUUUUUAGGUUAGAUCACGAUAUAAUACGAACUUUUCAAGUUUCGUACGAUAAUUAUCUUGUCACGGGAAAUGCAUCGUCAUUAAUUAAUUCACAUAAAUGAUAUGUGCCCGCAUACACAUCUACAUGAAGAGCAAAGGCCGAGGUUGACCAAGAACGUGUUCCGUGCUGCAAGAUUCUUACAGGAUUCUUCGUUGUAUAUAACCUUCACAUCGUUGAUUUUUAUACUAUGAAGAGACGUCAGAGAAGGCCAGUCUUGACGCUCAAUAAACCGCAAAGCAAUUAUCACGGCGAGCACACGCAAAGUAAGUGUAAGCCAAUAAAUAAUGCACAACGCAUACCGAAUGAGACCAACAAUCCGUUGGCAAAUAUGUUGUGCCAAUAUAACUCCGACAGUGAUACGGAGGAUCCCAAGAGGGAUACGCAGAAAUUGGAUGAUAAAGUGAAUGACUUUCUUAAGGAAAUUCAACUCAUUGCUCCUGAACAACCUGUACCAAAUGUUACUAAUGAAACAAGUUCAGUGAAUAAGGCAGUUUCACGGUCUGUUUCACAUCAUACAAACCAGCAAACAUUAUGGCAAGAGUGCUAUGAUGAAUCUACUGGUUAUCCUUACUAUUGGCAUAUUGAAACUAAUGAGGUAACAUGGGACAUGCCGGAAGAGUUAUGCUUAUUAAAAAAACAAUCCGAAAUGGGAUCUGGAACAAAACAUUCCAUCCAGGGACCUCAUUGGGUGGACUUUUCAUCUAUUGCAUAUCGGCAAUCGCAAAUAAAUAUACCAGAAGGCAUGAUACCACAAGAAGUAGUAGCAAGGAAUCGUAACAGGUUUCUGCAUAAUGAAAUUCCUAAGAAAAGUAACUCGGAAAAUAAAGCAGAAAUUAAAAAUGAAUCUCCCACGAAGGAUGACGAUUCAGAUGACGGACGAAUAGAAAUGAUAACAUCUUUUGGUAGCGAUGGAAGCGAUUCGGAGGAUGAAAACUCUUCAGAUGAGAAUAAAACAUCAAUACCUUUAUCUGAAUCUGAAAAGUCUGCAUCAUAUCCAAAAACCGAAAUCGGACCUUCCUUCUGCCCAACAGAGAUACAAUCACCUACCAAAAACUUAUUUCGAUCAUACAAAUCUGAUUCGACUGACAUAUCAAACUCUGCAAAUCAUCUUGAACAACUUAACGAACGUGAAACAACCGAAUCUGAUAGUAAAGGCAAUAUAAUUCAAGGUGAAAAAGAAUUUCUCGUGGGGAAUAAGAAUAAAAAAGAUAUUAAUGCACAUAAUAUAGUUCCAAAAUUAGAUAUUAAUGUGUCCUUAGUACCUGGUUAUGAUGGUGAUGAUUCAGAAGGAGAGGAGGAAGUUAAAUCUAAACAGGAGAUAAAGCCUUUAUUUCCAAUUGCACAGAAUGAAGAAUACGUAAAUAAUUCAUUAAAAAAUACUUGUAAUAUUCUCGCUUCUGACAAUGUACAAACUUCUGAUCAAAGCAAUGACAGUAAUGAAGAUGCACAAGAAACGAAGAAUGAUGAAAAAACGGAACGAGAGAAAGAAUCGAAGAUAGAAGAAGAUAAAUCUAAAACAAAUAUUUUUCUAGAAGACAUGCAAAUAUGUGGCAAAGCUUUCCAAAGAAAGAAGCGGAUAGCAUUUGAUGUUCCAUCCAAUAAAGUUAAACAAAGUAAUACUUCUCAAGAAAAUAUGAUUCGAGAUGAAAACAGUGAUCUUGUAAGCAGUGAAACUACUUUACGCAAUCCCGAGGAGGAUGAUAUAGAUCAGUUGGGAGGAGAGACUCAAAAAGAAUCCGAUGAAGCACAUAAAGAAGUAGAACAGUCCGACAAUAUUAAGACUGAAGAAAAAUUAGAUUCUAAAGACGAAUCAUGCGACUCAGAAAUAUCUAUAGAACACAAAAUAUCAAAUACGAUCGAGGAAAAGAAGAAAGAGGAAAUAAACGAUUUGUCUCAGGUUAUAACGGAGAAAUUAAAAUUUCUUUCCGAGGGAAGAGAGAAUGUCUCUGCUGUUCAUACAAUGCAAAUUCAACUACAAACAUUAUCUACUGCAUGGACGGCAGGUUGCUUAGAGGACAAUUAUUUUCAAAAGUGGCUAACAAGUACAAAUCAUGAAUUGGAAAGAUUAGAGCAAGAUGUGGCACCAGCUGGUUGGCUAUGCCAAUGGGAUAGGUCGCAUAAGCGGUAUUACUACCAAAAUACAUCCACUGGGACAUUACAGUGGACUUAUCCUGAUACCGGUAUUGCCGGUGGCACUGAGGAAAUGGAAUUGUGCACUACUCCGCCACCAGAAUCGGAAGAAUUAUCAGUCACAGGAUCACCUGGGACGAAAAAGACAAAGGAAAAGCAAAUUGAGGAGCUGGACGAGAAUAAAACGGAUGAUGAAAACAUAGCAGAUAGACAUCCUACGACUCUAGAAGCACCACCUCCGCCACAGAUAUCUAAUCCAAGUCCACCACCACCUCCGAGAAUAUUCGCAGAAGAUUUGAAGAAAGACAAGAAGAAAAGGGAGAAGCCCGAUGAGAAAUACUUGGACGCAAAGAGAAAACGUUUAAGCAAAGAUAGGAUAACUUUGGAAACGACGCAAGUGGUGAAUCCUACCUUAGAAUCUUUGGCAUAUGCACAUCCACAAGUAGCUGUGUCACCUCAAACUUCGAUACCUCCAAAUCACGCAAGUAUGGAACCUCUACCUCCUGGUGUGGAUUUACCAGAUACGUCUUACGAAGCUGCCACUUUAAAAGGGAUAAUAUAUAACGCGACGUCACAGCCAAGCAACGCGAUUUACGCGCCUUCGAUCGCUGAUCCAACGAUACCUAUUCUGAGCCAUCAAGCAGGUCUGCUUCAGGAGCCAUUCGUCCAUUAUCCAAGCUUUCAUCAACAUUUGCAUAACCAGACAAUCGCAGUUGCAAACAAGCACGGUGGACAGAAUGCAAUUCAGUUCAUGGUAGGAUACGCGCCGAUUUAUACGAAUAAUAAAAUCAUCGCCAAGCCGCCAGUCAAAGCCUCGAAAGAAUCUUUAGGGUCUGCCCUUGAUUCCUUUUACAAUGAUAUUGCGCGAAUUGAGAGAACGGAAACGGAACGGACGGGACAACAUCAGGAUACUGUUAUCGCGGUAACAGAACAAGUACCUACUCCGAUCGAAGAAGUAAAGCCUGAAGCGGAACCGGAAGUUAUAUCUAACGACACAACAACGAGAGAACGAAAGAAAAAAAAGGCAAGGAUUAGCAACAGUAAAAAGCACAAGGAGAUGUCGAGCAUGGUAGCGAAAUGGCAAAGGGUACAAAAGAAUCUAGAGGACAGUGUAUAAAUAACAGAAGUCGGUUGAAAUAAUUAAUUGCUGUAUGAAAAAACGUUAUAUAGACUGUGUUACUAGUAAGGUUCAGGUUUUAUUGUACAUAUAUGCGUUGUUAAAUAUUUCAUCUAUUGUAAACUAUUUUAUGAUUUUUAUUCAUAUUCUGAUGCGUAUACAUUUGUGUGCUUCAAGAGUCUUGCAACAUUCGUAUUAUCGAAUAUAGCUAACUCUUGUGUGAUUAUCAUGUAUUUAGCAAUUUAUUAUGAAGCUUUAUGAUAAUUCUUAUGCACAGUAGAAGUGAUUUAUCAUCAUUACUCUUUUGCACUUUCAUGUAGAAUAAAAAAGUUAUAAGAAUAUCUUUA